CUUUUCUUGACCACGCCUUUGUUGCUAAGUGUACCCAUCAACUAUUCAUCCAAAACAUUCGUAGGAAGAGCCAAUCCCUUUCAUUUCCUCGUCUUAUUGAAUGAGAGCGAAUUUUUCCCCCCAAUUCCAACUUUCGGGGCUUCGUUUGUUGGUUGUCGAUGAGGCUUAUUGAUCAUUGAGUCCCUUACAAAGUCGAAUCGGCCAGCGUAUAUAAAAAGACAAAGUUCACUCCGCUUUUUUCCCCAACGUUCUCUGCAAGAUGUCUACUCCCCCCACUUUCGAUCCCAAGAACAUGCCCUUCAGGCGCUUGGGCCCUAGCGGCCUGCGAGUCCCUGUUUUUUCUUUGGGAGGAUGGCUUACUUUUGGCAAAUCGGUUGUUGGAGACCCAUGCAAGGAAAUCAUGAAACUCGCGUUCGAGAAUGGAAUCAACAUGUUCGACACAGCUGAGGUGUACAGUCAAGGGAAGUCGGAAGAAGAGAUGGGACGCGUCAUCAAAGAGCUAGGUUGGCGUCGUUCCGACAUCGUCGUGACUACCAAGUUGUACUGGGGAACAAGGCCAGGGCCGAACAACGGUGGUCUUUCUCGCAAGCAUAUCAUCGAAGGAACCCAAGAGAGUCUUGCACGCCUCCAGUUGGAUUACGUUGAUGUGAUCUUUGCCCACAGAGCAGAUACUAAUGUUCCAAUGGAAGAGGUUGUUCGGGCGUUUAACUACGUUAUUGAAAAAGGCUGGGCAUUCUACUGGGCGACGUCAGAGUGGUCUUCAGAACAAAUUGAAGAAGCAUAUCACAUUGCUGAUAAGCUUCAUCUCAUUCCCCCCAUUGCCGAACAAUGCCAGCACAACAUGUUCCAUCGUGAGCGUCCUGAGAAAGAAUACGCCAAAAUGUAUUCGUCAUACAACAUCGGCACCACCGUCUGGUCAGCUCUUGCAUCCGGUCUCCUCACAGGGAAAUACAAUGAUGGUAUCCCGGAGGGUUCGAGAUUUGACGUGGAGAAGUCUUUCUUCUCUGGAACCUUGAAAGAGUUGCAGAGUCCAGAAGGGCAAGAGAAGAUCAGGAAAGUCAAAGAGCUGACAAAGUUGGCUCAGGAAGAACUUCAAACCACACCUUCCGCCCUCGCUCUAGCAUGGGUUGCACGAAACCCAAACACUUCCACUGUCAUUCUUGGUGCCACGAAACCAGAGCAGCUCCUAGAGAAUCUCAAGGCCAUUGAAGUUAUUCCAAAGCUGACCCCGGAGAUUUUGGAGAAGAUCGAAGCAAUUUUGGGGAAUAAGCCUGGGGGUGUGAACCAGUACGGCAGGCCUUCCCUGGACCCUUUCGGAAAGCUUUCUCAUCUUUGAAUGGAAGGAUUUCUGAGCUGAUAAAAGGAAGAGCAAGUAGAAGCCUUUAAAGAAUAAUCCUCCAGAUGAAUAGCAGAGAAUUUUUUUGUAACGCCAGAAAUGCCAAUAUGAUUACUACUAGAUGGUCAAAGAGUUCUUGCGAACUCUUCCGAUAUUUCUGUGGGAUUUUCCAUUCAUCUUCGCAAAUGCCUGGAUAUUGUACUAAUGCGAGUGUGUGGGGAAAAAAUGCUCUGGAACUUUCGAAGAAUCUUAUGCCUCGAAAAUUUCAGGUUUCUCGGAUGUGAUUAUACUAGAGAGUGAGAAUAUAUUCAGGCCGCACAAAG